GGGGCCGGGGGCGGGGCCGGAGUGACGGGCAGAGCCGCCGCGCGGGGACUUACACCGGGCUUCCAUCUACAGAAAGCCAUCAUCCAUGUGUGCAACAGUACAGAGGAAGAAAUCCGGACCAAAGCCAGACAUUAAUGAAGAACAAAAGCAAGAAAUAAGAGAGGCCUUUGAUCUGUUUGAUGCAGAUGGCACCGGAAAUAUUGAUGUCAAAGAAUUAAAGGUUGCAAUGAGAGCUUUGGGAUUUGAACCCAAGAAAGAAGAGAUAAAGAAGAUGAUUGCAGAAAUCGAUAAGGAGGGCACUGGGAAGAUUGGCUUCAAUGACUUUAUGGUUGCAAUUACCCAAAAGAUGGCUGAGAAAGAUUCAAAGGAAGAAAUUCUGAAAGCCUUUCGGUUGUUUGAUGAUGAUGAAACUGGGAAAAUCUCAUUCAAAAACCUGAAGCGUGUGGCAAAGGAGCUCGGGGAAAACCUGACAGAUGAAGAGCUGCAGGAGAUGAUCGAUGAAGCAGAUCGCGAUGGAGAUGGUGAAGUGAACGAGCAAGAGUUCCUUCGAAUCAUGAAGAAGACAAGUUUGUAUUAAUGUGCUGUUUCAUGCUUGUCAGGUUGUGUUUCACUGUUCUGCUCUGAGAUGCCCUCAAACAGUGAUGAACGGAGUAGUAAUAACGUUGCAUGAGAGAGGCUUGCCAUGGGGCAGGAGGAAUAGGAAUGAAUAUCUCGAAUCACUUACGUACAUCCCACUCACAAGUGGGAUGAAUUCAAUAUUUAAUGACUUACUCUUGAGGAUUCUGUUCAUAGAAGUGGGACGCAAAAGUGAGAUUGGAAGAAAAUGUAAAUUUAUUAGCAAUUUGUUUUAUUUGGAGCUUUUAUAAACUUGGCACUUAGGUACGUAUUCCCAUUACAUUUCCAGCUCCAUAAUUCAUAUAUAUAUUUAUUUCUGAAUAUCAGAAUAAAAAUUGGAACCAGAUCAGGAAGGUGGAAUUAAGCUGUAAAAUACCUUGCUCCGAGGAGGCUAAUUAUGUCAAACGACCUGGAUCUUACCAAUGUUUUUUUUGAUAAGAGUGAAAGGCACAUCCUUUACAAUUCAAUUGGGAGCUAUUGAGACUGAGACAUUGAGCCUAACGGUAAGAGAAGAGAAUAGUUUUCCAAAGAAACCCUGGAAAAAUUAACCAGGCAUUUCAUUUUUCUUACAUACCUUUUAUAGGUGGAAUCCCUAGGAGAGUGAUUCCAUUACUGAACUGAAUUAGGUCUCAGCCUGUUCUAGUAAAAUGUACUUUUAUCAGUAUGGGGCACCUGGGAGCAUGUUGCUGCUCAGAUACUAAUUCAUCCAUUUCUUGUGUACUAAACUCACUCUCUUUCCUUCCAACGUUACUAUAACUGGAUUUUGAAAAUGUCUUAAAAACACAAGUUGAAUGCUAUACAUUUCUGGCUCCCCCUCCAAAUCCCUUCAGCACCAACCCCUCUUAGGUGCCAAAGCAGUAAUAUUAAGCGCCUUGGGACAUCCUUCUGAGCUGAACAGUGAUGUAUAUAUGUAAAUUUGCAUUGUGCUGCAUGAAUUGCUAUCGGGGCAACCUAGAUUUUCAAGUAGUUUAUUUUUUCCCAGUGGGUAAUCUUGUUUUGCUGAUCUAGAACCCCAGAACCUCUCCUAAUCUGAGGAGGCAGUACCUCAUCCACUUAAAGUCAACAGGAGCAAAGCUUUAUUACAUAAUAAUAAUCCUUGCAUUUGAUAUAGCACCUUAUCACAC